AUGGCUCUAUCUAUGCUCAUCGCAAUCAUCGCGGCCCCAGGCCUACUGGGCUCACAAGAAGCGAUACGACAAUCACAAUCGCAGGAAAAGCGAGAAGAGCACCGCGCGCGUCGUUGUAAUCUCAUAGCAACAUGCGUCAAGUCCUCAAUCAGGAGUCGAGAAAUAAAUGGCCGGCCCGUUAUUUUGAGGAACGGAAAGUUGUGGAUCGAUACUGGCACAGAAGAUGGCAUGCCUUCGGGGCAUCCCUAUGCUGGCUAUUAUUUGCCAUACCCGGACAGCAAACAUGAAGGACUUGUUACAACUAUCACGGAUGUUGCGCCUGUAAUGAACUGGAUAUACGUCGACAAGGAGACACAUGAAGUCAAGUAUGGUGUUCGUCUCGACGCGCAACCCAACCUCACAGGACCUUUCGACUGUACCCGUCAGGAUCGCCGGUUGACUUUUGGUGGCUGGGAAGGCUUUUGUGCUGUCGAGGAAGGGCCUGGUAUCUGGGCACUUUACUUUGACGUCAGCGACGAUGGGCUCCAAUCAAAGAUACCGUCUGGCACUAGAGUGUUGGAGAUCGAGCUGAGUAGGAAGGAGAAGAGGUUCCAAAAAGAACCUACAGCGAGACAACACGACCAAACAACGAAGAGAGCUGUGGACGCGCAGGAAGAAGCACCCGUGGAUCAGCCACUCGCACCAGAGGCGCUAGUGUCAAAGCCUGGUAUGGUCGACGAGUCACCCCAAGCUCAAGCCGAAGCACUCAAGCCAGAGCCAUUCAGGCUACCGAAGUCGAUAUUCGAGAACCCACCACCUGUAUUAGAGAGUUCUGUAUUCGGAAGACCACUUAGUCCACCACCGGCCUAUACAUCCACAGACGUCGGUAGACCUCCUUCGUCGGACACUAUCACGGUUGACACUGGCACAGCUGCCCCAGCUGACAAUGCCUCAGCCGGCACAAAGUCAGCACAAACACCGUCACUAAUGAGAGCGAGACAAAUUGUAGAUACUGCGCAGUCGAUUAUCGACACAACCGGGAAUGCCCAGGUCCAAUCUGUGAGGGUUCCACCACGGGCGGAACCUUCGCAUCCUUCUAAGCUGUCACAAAGUCGCUCGCCUUCACCCCUCGAUACAGCUUCGGACUCCGUCAGCCAGAAAAGAACCACACCACUCAAGCGGAGUAGCGGCACCCGGGCACUAGCCCAAGCUCAAAUGUUUGAGGCAAUGGCGGCAGCACAGAAACCCAAGAUCGAUUUGCAGUCAGACAGUACUAGACGCACAUCCAGGGCUAGUAGUAGUACAGACUCGGCAUCUCAAUACUCUGGUGAUGGUCAAGAUGUUAGCGACGGUAUUGGAUCGGUGGCAGGGAUACCAAAAUCGGUUUCGCCAACCCCAGCUCCUCUAGCGCCGGCCAGAAUGAAGACUAAGGGGCCACAAAGUGAUGCCGAAGCACGAACAAUUCCGGAGCCUGCUCCGUCAGACGCAGCCGCUCAGAGACCAAGGACGCCUACACGUCAAAGAGCUCUAACCGACUCCAGAGAUCCAGCGGUCUUCGGCGCCAAUAAUAAACUCAAUCGUGGUCCACUCCGCCAAAACACAAUAAGCGUCAUACCUUCUGCAAGACCAACCAGAUCGCGGAGUUCAUCUCAGACAUCCAGUCAAAGCCCAAGACCCCAACCGUUAAGGCGUGAUGCUAUAGCAAGGCAAAGCGGAUCACCUCGAGCUCCUCUGCAAAGACGUGAUGCUGCAGGCUCACCAAGAGUACCUCCACAAGCAAGAGGCCCAGUAACUCGCACAUCUCUAGCAUCAACCAUGACGAGUGGACGCGGAAAUCGGGGCAUGACCGCUAGAGUUGGCGGAAGUGCCGAAAGAGGUAGAGCUGCCAUACUACAGAGUGGUAGCAAGGGCGUCACGGCAAGAAAGACGACUUCAGCGCUGUUCAGGGAGAUCGAUGAGCUGGUCAGUCAGGAUACAAAAGGUCAAAUGUCAAACGAUGGAUGA